AUGUUUGGACUUGGCUCCAGCGUGCGCAACCAGGGUGUGGUUCCACCCUAUCGCGAAGUGAUGCGAAUGGCCGCUGGCCUGUUGUGCAGCACUCUUUGUUCUCAUUGUGCUGCCUACGAGCGAGGCCGGCGCUUCUCAGCAGGGGCGCGCUCUGCCUGCAAGGCCUGUGGGCCAGCGGCUGCGUCCAGACGCGUGGGGGUUCCGUCUUCGUGGUUCUGCGUCGGUGCUCCAGCGGGCAGUAUCGGGUGGAGCCAGGAGAACAGUGGUUGUAAAAGGGAAGACUGCCGGCGGCAGCGCACCGCAGGUGCGGAGUAA